AUGGCAACAACGAGAAUCUUUAGGAAUACAACAGCAGUCGAGGGGAUUGAUGACGUCAACGACGCAAUGGUCAGCAGACUGACCCCGGCUCUGGUGUUUAUUGCUGUCCUUAUCGCUACAGGAAUUGUGGGUAAUCUGCUUGUGCUGUAUAUUUUCGUCUACAGAUUAAAGUUAUCAACCCAGAAUUUCUUCAUCGUCUGUCUGGCAGUGUUUGACGUCAUCGGCUGUGUCGUCUCCAUGCCUGGAGAGAUCGUCGACAUGGUUCUCUACUACAAGUUCCAAUACGUCAUCGUCUGCAAGUCUUUGAGAUUCGUCGUCGUGUUUUCCUCACUCUGCUCCAGUAUAACCUUGGUCUGCAUUGCCGUCGACCGUUUCCGGAAAGUCUGCAAGCCGUCCAAACGCCAGAUGACCAUCCGACACGCCAGACUCUGUCUCCUCCCCAUCAUAGUCGGCUCCCUUCUCUUCUCAUUUCCGGCGCCCAUCCUCUACGGAAUCAGCACGAUCGAAACCGGAAUUCCCGGACUUACAGGAAACGAUUGUACCUUUUCCGAUGAUGUGAAAGAUACGGCGAUUCCUUUGAUAUAUAAUAUGUUUUUGUUUGUAGGUUUUUUAUCUGAGAUUGUGGUGUUGGUGAUUCUAUACGCUCUGAUGCUGAAAACGCUCCGGAGGCAUCGGAAAUAUAUGAAGCAGUGUAAUUUUAACAUGGUGUUGUUUCACGAAGAAUCGAAGGGAGAGAAUCGAAAACGGAAAAAGCCUCGAGCUGUUUUGUUGAGUAGCGCGUCUUUAUGUGCGAAAUGGGUGUUGGCUGAUAAAACAACACACAUCAAAACUGAAUGUUCAAUAUUGAAUGAGGGAGAAAAACGUGAACGUGGUUUGACAGGUGUUGCUAAUGAGGUUAAUGAAAUGAAUGUUGAGAUGACGAAGGCGGGUUUGGACUUUGGAUCACGAGAUAAAGAAAGUAGGUCAAGGGCGGUCGAAGAUUCGCGAGACGUGGAAGAAAUAACUUUGAGGGAAAGUUUGGCAGAGUCCAAUGCGAAAAUAUUCGGCGCUUCGCUUAGCAAUAUAUCCGUGAAUAGUUUAAAUUUGGCUUUGAAUUCGGCUUUCGGGGAAUUAGAUGAUAUUGCACAAAACCGGAUUUCCACAACAAUGUUAAUCCCGCCAAGUAGCCCAGGGAAUGGAAUAUUCUCGAUCAGCUCACCCAAACUAGCGUGCAGCCCGAAGAAAAAAAACAAAAACAAACGCCAGGCACAGACGAAUCAACCCGGGUUUAAAAAUAACAUCACCACCAAGACAACUCUCAUUGCCUUCGUUGUGACGCUGGCCUUCAUCGUGAGUUACCUCCCCCACCUCUCUUUUCAAGUGGCGAAACUCGUUCACUCCAUCGACGAUAGAAACGGGCCGUUGGUGGUGCUGUACAACAUCAUCGUCAGGUCAAUCUUUCUCAACGCUGUCGUCAAUCCGGUGAUUUACGGCGUCCUUAACCUUCAGUUCAGACAGGAAGUUAAAAAUCUGGCCAGGAAGUUAUGUUGCCGGGGGAAGGGAUGUAACUCCAGAUAG